AUGGCGCGCAUAGUAUGGAUCCUAGCGGUAAUUUGUUGUUCAGCCGGAUUAUGCCAGGUGACGGAAGGUUAUUUGGCAAUAAUAUCCUCAAAUUUAUCACCUGGUACCCUGAUAUUCGAAGCAGGUGUACCACAGUUAGGUGGAAAAAGAAAAUACGAUGUAUCAGGAGACCGUACAGCACGGUUCGCCCGUAAAUUACUCAAAGUAAAUCCACACAAUGGCCGAGUUACCCUGGCUAGAAAACUCAAUUGCGAUGGAUUGCAAUAUCCCCGUUUAUUCACCUUCUACAUUGAUUCCACAAGUUCACGUCUAGGUAGACCAAACAUAGAUUACUAUAGUUUACCCCUGCGUGUACUGAUAACCGGUUGCGGUGAUGAAAACCAAGACCUAGCUGCAACUAAAGGAUGGAUGGCUGAAACACUAGCUUCAUAUGCAAUGCCAAGUACUGAAAAAUUUACAGAAAUUUGUCUAAGAAGAUCACAAUUAGUUGCUGGAUUGCGUGAUUUUUUGCCUCACACUGCUCUUAAAGAAUGUGAAACAAGAUGGGACGGUGUUGCUGAUUCGCGUUUUUUAAUAGAAGGCACCGGAGGAGAUCUUGUUUCAGCCUCUGAGCAGUGUCUUAUUGAUCCACUUUGGAAGAUAUCAGUAUCAAUGACGCUCCGAUGCAGCAGUUCGCUAACUCAUCUAGUUGAUACAGAGCACCGUUUAAAAAUAGUAUUUCAUCAUCAACAAUUAGACGACACAGAUCUUGGCAGACGUGUAAGAAGAGAAUUAAAAAACCGAUCACCAUUUUUUGAGCACGGUCUUUAUACAGCAGCAGUUGAAGAAGAAAAAGAGCCUGGAGAAUUGGUAACUGUUGUACGUGCUCGUGAUCCAGAAGGUGGUACAGUACAUUAUUCAAUGCAAUCACUAUUAGACGCGCGUUCUACCGCGUUAUUUCUUCUAGAUUCAAUAACUGGUAAAGUAACAACACGCGCUAAGCUUGACCGUGAAAGCGUUGAGCUUCAUUAUUUUAAAGUACUAGCAGUUGAUGAUUCAUUUCCACCCAGAACAGGAACUACAACGUUGCAAAUAAAUGUCUUGGACGCAAAUGAUCACCCACCGACAUUUGAAUGGCCUGAGUAUGAAGCGCCAAUUCGCGAAACUGUUCCAUUAGGCUCAACAGUAAUUGCUGUUAAAGCUACUGACAAAGAUUCUGGAAGAAAUGCUGAAGUUGAGUAUAAUAUUUUAUCAACUACUGGAGGCGGGACUACAUCUAUAGCUCAAGAUUCAGAAACAUUUCGAAUUGAUCAAAAAUCUGGUGUUGUUACAACACGCAUGUCGUUGGACAGAGAAAAAACUGAAGUGUAUACGGUAUUAAUAACUGCGUCUGAUUUAUCAAACACAGCAUCUUUGCGUAAAACAGCAACAACGACUUUAAUAGUCCGUAUUUUGGAUGAUAAUGACAAUUAUCCACAAUUUUCUGAACGUUCUUAUUCAACAACAAUUCCUGAAGAUAUUGAUUACACAACAAACCCAAUAAUAGCUCACAUACAAGCAACUGACGCUGACAGUGGUCCCAAUGCUGCUAUUAGGUACAAUAUUAUCGGUGGCAAUACCCAAAAUACUUUUUCAAUAGAUUCAUUAAGCGGUGAUGUUACAUUAGUUAAGCCACUUGAUUAUGAAACAAUUGAUCUGUACCGAAUUGUUGUACGCGCUCAGGAUGGAGGUGCUCCAGCACGUUCCAAUACAACUCAAUUAUUGGUACACGUUGAAGAUGUCAAUGAUAAUGCUCCUAGAUUUUUUACUAGCUUGUUACAAGAAACAGUAUCUGAAGGAGUACCUAUUGGUUAUUCUGUUGUACGCGUUCAAGCUUAUGAUGGUGAUAAAGGCUUGAAUGCUUUAAUUAAAUAUUACAUUGGAGCUAGAGAUAUCAAUGGAGGGUCUACGGAAAAUAUUCCGAUUUCUGUUAAUUCAGAAACUGGUUGGAUUCAUACGACAAAGCAAUUAGACCGUGAAAUAUGUUCGCGGUAUCAAUUUACAGUGGUAGCUGUUGAUUCUGGUGAGCCACCUAAAUCUGGCAGCGCGACUGUUGUAAUUACAAUUACAGAUAUUAAUGACAAUGAUCCGAAGUUUGAAUCUAAAAAUUAUGAAGCUGUUGUGUCUGAAGAUGAUCCACCAGGUACUUCUGUGUCAUUAGUAACAGCAACUGAUCCAGAUGAAGACUCUAAAAUUCACUAUGAUAUCACUUCUGGUAAUUCAAGAGCUAGAUUUUCUAUAACUUCACAAAACGGUGGAGGAUUAAUCACAGUUGCUCAACCGCUUGAUUAUAAACAAGAAAAAAGAUUUGUGUUAACUGUAACAGCAUCUGAUUCUGGAGGAAGAAUGGACACUGCAUUAGUUUACAUCAACAUUUCUGAUGCCAAUAAUUUUGCACCAAUUUUUGAGAAUGCUCCUUACUCAGUAUCAGUAUUUGAAGAUGCACCAAUUGGGACAACUGUACUGGUAGUAAGUGCUACAGAUUCGGACGUUGGUCAAAAUGCACAAGUAACUUACAGCUUAGGUACUGACAGUGAUAAUAAUGACGGUAAUAAUAAAAAUAAUGACAACAGUGAAUUUACAAUAAAUUCACAAACAGGAGCUAUAACAACAACACGUCCUUUAGACCGAGAACGAACUUCUGGGUAUUUAUUAACAGUCACUGCCAAGGAUGGUGGUGUUCCAGGACUUUCUGAUACUACGGACGUUGAAAUUUCUGUAACAGAUGUCAAUGAUAACCCUCCAGUGUUUGAAGCUGCUCAAUAUACUGGUACUGUACCAGAAGAUGUGUUAGUUGGCACAUCUGUCGUUCGUGUAUCAGCGACUGAUGCUGAUCAGGGAUUAAAUGGACGAGUUAGAUACACGCUUGAUGAUGAUGGCGAUGGUGCCUUUGCUAUUGAUUCCACGACUGGCAUUGUAAGAACAGCUAAACAGCUAGAUCGUGAAUCUGUUAUGAGGUAUACUCUUAAAGCAAUGGCAGUUGAUAGGGGAAUUCCUGCACUUUCAUCAAUAGUACCUAUCAUUAUUAAAAUAGAAGAUGUUAAUGAUUCACCUCCGGCAUUUGAAAGUGAUAAAAUAAUAUUAUACAUACCUGAAAACUCACCAAUUGGUUCAACUGUGGGUGAAAUUUAUGCCCAUGAUCCGGAUGAAGGUUUGAAUGCUGUUGUUCAAUAUUCUAUCAUUGGAGGAGAGGAUGCUAAUAGUUUUACAUUGAACACUCGUCCGGGUUCUGAUAGAGCUGAACUUAUAACUCUUGAAGAACUAGACUAUGAAUCGCAGAAAAAAAAAUAUGAAAUAUUUGUACGAGCUGCUUCUCCACCAUUACGCUCUGAUGUUCUGGUACAAAUAAUGAUUACAGAUAUUAAUGACAACGCACCAGUAUUAAAAGACUUUCAAAUAAUAUUUAAUAAUUUUAAAGAUUUUUUCCCGACUAAAUCUAUCGGAAAAAUACCUGCAAUAGAUGCUGAUGUUACUGACAAACUUUAUUACAAUAUAUUGUCUGGUAAUAAUGCUAAUUUAAUAACACUUAAUAAAACAUCUGGUGAAAUAAUUUUAUCACCGCAAUUAAAUACAAAUGUACCGAGAAUAGCUACGAUGGAAGUGUCUGUUAGUGAUGGAGUUAAUCAAGUUAAAGCAACUAUGACUUUAUCUGUAAGAUUAAUAACAGAUAAAAUUUUGUAUAAUUCAAUAACAGUAAGGCUUGAUGAUAUGACUGUUGAAGCAUUUUUAUCACCAUUGUUAAAUUAUUUCAUUGAUGGUCUAGCUGCAAUAAUACCAUGCCCUCGUGAAAAUAUAUUUAUAUUCAGCGUUCAGCAAGAUACAGACGUUAAUGGAAAAAUAUUGAAUGUUACACGGAAAGUAGAACCUGGUAAUAUUGAUGAAUUUUAUACUUCUCAGUAUCUUCAAGAGCGAGUUUAUUUAAAUCGUGGAAUUUUAGCAAGAUUAUCAACUCUUGUAGUCCUACCAUUUGAUGAUAAUCUUUGCGUACGUGAGCCUUGUUUAAAUUUUGAGGAUUGUAUUACUGUGUUAAAAUUUGGCAAUGCUUCAGGAUUUGCAACUAGCAACACAAUAUUAUUUCGUCCUAUUUAUCCAGUGACAACAUUUUCAUGUCAGUGUCCUCGUGGAUUUACUGGAAGCAAAGAGUCAUAUUUAUGUGAUAUGGAAGUUAAUUUAUGCUUUUCAAAUCCGUGUAAAAAUGGUGGGACUUGCAAACGUAAAGAAGGUGGCUAUACUUGUAUUUGUGAUGAUAAUUACACUGGUGAUAAUUGUCAAUUAUCAUUAAAUCAAAGUAAUAUUUGUGCUGCAUCACAUACGACGAAUAAUAAUGAUGAUAAUAAUAAUAAUAAUUAUUAUUAUUAUUAUAAUGUAUGUAAAAAUAAUGCUAAGUGUAUAGACAAAUUAGACGGUGGUUUUACAUGUGAAUCUUGUCCAAUAAUUCCUUUAAACACUGUAACGCAAUUUUGUGAACUGCGAGCUCGCAGUUUUGGACCAUCAACAUUCUUAACAUUUCCAUCACUCAAACAGCGACAUCGUUUGAAUAUCAAAUUAAAAUUUGCAACAGAAUCUUCACAAGGGUUACUACUUUACAAUGGACGUUACAAUGAAAAGCAUGAUUUUAUAGCGUUAGAAAUAGUAAAUUCAGAGUUACAAUUUAGCUUUUCACUUGGUGAUAAAAUAACAAGAGCAACUGCUGCAAUUCCCGGCGGAGUUUCUGAUGGACAGUGGCACACUGUUAAUGUCAAUUACAUCAAUCGCACUGUUACAAUAACAAUAGAUGAUUGUGAUAUUGGAUUAGCAUUACGCUACGGUAAAAAACUAGGUGAUAAAUGGUCCUGUGCUGGUACAGGUGAGCAAAUUCUUGAAGCACGUUGCAAUUUAAUAACAGAAACUUGUCACCGUUUUAUAGACCUCACUGGACCAAUGCAAUUAGGUGGCUUACCUUUUAUCCCCUCUGACUUUCAAAUCACAAAUAAAGACUUUAUAGGCUGCAUAAGUGAUCUAUAUAUUGACUACAAAUUCAUCGAUUUAAAUUCAUAUGUAGCAGACAAUGGAACAAUUGUCGGAUGUCCUGAAAAAUAUGAAUUUUGUUUGUCUUCUCCGUGCAAUAAUAAUGGAAAAUGUCGUGAAAUUUGGUCGGGAUAUAUAUGUGAGUGUCAGGAAGGUUUUUCCGGUCCACAGUGUAGUGAAGAAAUAAGCAAACCUUGGCGAUUUCACGGAGAUGGUCUAUUAAGUUUUAAUCCACUGUUAAGACCAAUUCAAUUACCUUGGAUGACUGCUUUUAGCUUACGUACUAGAGCUGUUAAUUCUUUUAUUAUGAACAUCCAAAUAGGACAAAAUAGUUCAGCGUUGUUUUAUUUAAAAGACGGAAAAUUAGCUACUUCGUUAGAUGGAAUUGAAAUAAUAAAAACAAAAGUAGCGAUUAAUAAUGGCGAGUGGCAGAGAAUUGAAAUUAUUUGGCAAACUGGUUUAGUAUCAUUGGAUAUUAAUUACCGAAAUAAUCCAUUAAUAUCAUCACUGCCAGCUAAGCUUCAAGGUUUGUAUGUAGGAAGAAUAUUAUUAGGUGGACCAGAUCAGUCAAUAGUUAGUAGUAGUAGCAGCAGCAGUACUACUACUACUACUGCUAAUACCAAUACAAUUAUUUCUUCUGGAAUUGGCGAAUUACAAUUUUAUGAAGGAUGCAUUCAAGAUUUGCGUAUUGGUACCAAUCAAAGUAUUUUACAGCGUCCCACUGUUCAGGAAAAUAUUGGAAUUGGUUGCACUGAUGACAAUGAAUGCAGUGUUAAGUGUCCUGAAAAAUCAAGCUGUGUUAAAAAAUGGCAAGCCAGCGAGUGUGUAUGCGACCCUGGAUAUGUUGGAGAAAACUGCGAAGCUAUAUGUGACAUAAAUCCUUGUCACAGUGAUUCAGGAAUUUGUCUAGAAGAAAACAAUUCUAAACGCGGGUAUAAAUGUCAAUGCAACAGUGAAGAAUAUACUGGAGAGUAUUGUGAGGUAAGAGUUGACCAAUCAUGUCCAACAACCUGGUGGGGUUCUCCAGUGUGUGGUCCUUGUUACUGUGAUGAGUCAAAAGGCUAUGAUCCGUCUUGUAAUAAAACGAAUGGAGAAUGUUACUGUAAAAAAAAUCACUAUCAGCCGCCGAAUGGGGAAAAAGAUCAAUGCAUACCUUGCAAUUGUUACACAGUUGGGAGUCGCGGACCACGUUGUGAUCCUGUUACUGGACAAUGCAGGUGUUUAGAAGGUGUUAUUGGUCGCGCUUGUACGGAUUGUGCUAAUCCUUAUGCAGAAGUUACUUCAACUGGGUGCCAAGUUAUUUAUAAUGGCUGUCCUAAAUCAUACGCUGGGGGAUUGUGGUGGCCGCAAACUUUGUUUAAUAAAACUGGAGAUUCUCCUGUGGUUGUUGUGGUCUUUGAAAAUUGUCCUGGUACUGCUCAAGGUAUGGCUUCUAGACAGUGUGAUAGCGAAUCUGGUGGGUGGCAAUCGCCAGAUUUAUUUAAUUGCACAUCGGAUAUAUUUAUCCAGCAAAGAUAUAAUCUAGCGGCUAUUGAAAAUUCAGAAAUGAUAUUAAAUAGAGAUAUUGCGGUUAAAAUAGCGCGAGAUCUGAAUUUUGCUGUUAAAAAUAUUAAAAAUAUGUAUGGCGCAGAUGUACUUAUAGCGGAAUCAUUGUUUAAGUUAUUACUUAAGUAUGAAGAAAGUCAAGCUGAUUUGCAUCUUACUCACAAUCAAGAUAAAGAUUAUGUACCUAAUUUAGUUGGAAUUGCCGGUGGAAUUCUUAAUAAAAAAUAUAAAGACACUUGGCUGAGAAUUGAGGAGUUAAAUGGUGAUAGUACUGAUAAGAUACUAGAUGCAAUGGCUAGGUAUUUAAAAAUAUUAACUAAUUCACAGCACAAUACUUUUACAGAUCCGUUUGAAGUCGUUGAUCCUUUUGUGAUAAUGGGUAUGGACACUGUUACAUCUGAAAGUUUGUUUGGAUAUGAAUCUACAGUAAAUAAUGGUGAAAUAUUUAAAUCUUCUAUUGAAGAAAUAGAUAAAAAAGUCAUCUUACCUGACACAUCUUCAUUUUUAUCAACACCAACUCACCUAGAAUCUUACAUUAGUUUCCCUAAGUACAAUAAUUACAUUGCUGACCCACGACGAUUUGAUCCUUAUUCUAAAAUAAGAGUACCUUUAAGUUUGCUGGGUAUAAAAGGAGUCAGUCCUGGUGAGAUAAAAAAUAAUGAAAAUAAAGAUAAUAAUGAGAAAGCUGUACUGAGUUAUGUACAGUACAAAGAAUUGGGGAAUUUGUUACCCAAAAAAUUUGAUGACUCUGUUAAUGUAAGAUGGGGCGUAGAAGUUGCUGUCGGAUCUCCUGUAAUAACAAUUUCAAUAUUAAUACCUUCAGACAAUGGUACAAAAUUAUUAUCCAACAAUCCACAAUCUCCAGUACAAAUUCAACUUUGGAUAAGUGAAGAUGAUGGUACUAAAAUAAGAACAAAUCCUCAGUGCGUUCAUUGGAGCACAGCGCGUAAUUCUGGAGAGUGGAGCAGAAUUGGCUGUACAACAGAUAUUGACGACUCAACAAUUGAUUAUUAUUAUUAUUAUUUAAAUCCCAAUAAUAAUAAUAAUAACAACAACAACAACAACAAUUUGGAACGUCGUAAAAUGAUUAAUUGUUCUUGUCAAGGUGUGAUUUUACAAGUUAAAAAUCUUCAAUUAGCAACAUUUGCCGUACUAACAGACGUACUUGAUCUUGAGUAUGUACCCGAGCCCUCAUUACUAGAAGAUGUAACAAGUUACAGUGCAUUUAUGCUCUCACUGCCCUUAUUACUUUCAGCAUUGUUAAUACUAACAUUAAUACGCGGAAGUGCAACAAAUUCAAACAGUAUUCACAAAAAUUUAGUACUUUGCGUAUUUAUGGGUGAAUUAUUGUACUUAAUAGCAUUAAAAGCAAGAAGUCCAUUAGCUUCCAAUGAAUUUACUUGUAAAUUAACAGCCAUUGGCUUGCAUUAUUCAUGGCUGAGUGCAUUUGCUUGGACCUUAGUUGAUUCUAUUCAUUUAUACCGAAUGUUAACUGAAAUGCGUGAUGUUAAUCAUGGACAGAUGCGAUUUUAUUACACAAUUGGUUACGCAAUCCCGGCUAUAAUUGUUGGUCUGACAAUAGGCGUCCGGGCAGAUCAAUACGGCAAUUUUUAUUUCUGCUGGUUGUCUAUUUAUGAGACAGUUGUCUGGUCAUUAAUCGGACCUAUAUGUCUAGCAGUUGUGAUUAAUUUUUUGAUAUUAAUAAUCUCAGUAAAAGCAGCGUUUACAUUAAAGGAACAUAUUAUGGGAUUUGGUAAUUUGAGAACAUUAUUAUGGCUAUCUGUUGCAUCAUUACCACUACUGGGAGCCACUUGGACACUUGCUGUGCUAAGUGCUUCCGAAAAUUCUUCUAUUUUGUCAUAUUUAUUGAGCGUAUCAAUAGUAAUUCACUCUUCAUUCAGCCUAAUUGGAUAUUGCUUCAUAAAUGGACGAGUAAGAAGAAAUUUUUACCUCAGUUUAUUGAGAUGCUUUGGCAAAAAAUCACCAUUAUUAGAAAGCAGCAUGAUGGUCAAUGGAAGCAGCAGCCAAAAUAUUAAUGGACAAUCUCGCUCAGCUCUGGCUUAUAAUUCUAAUUACAUUUCUAAUGGCAGUGGUGGUGUCAUUACAAAUGUUGGGACAACAACUGGUACUUGCAGAAGGGUUCACGUUGGAGUAUCAACUAGUAGCACCACUUCUAGAAGCACCAAUAAAACAGGAUCAAGUCCUUAUCGGAGUGAUGUCCACUUAAGACAUACUUCUACUUCAACGAGUAAUUACAACAGUGACCGUGAUCCUUAUAUGAUGUCUUCAACUCGCAGUAAAAAAAAUAGAAAUACUCAACAUUCUUCAGUGAAUAAUUCUAACAGUAAUAAAAUAGUUUUAAGGAAUUCAAGACGAGAUUCUGAAUCUGAUGAAUCUGAUGGUUCGCACAAUAAUGAUGAUGAUGAUGAUGAUACCACUGGAGGUCGGGGCAGUGCUGGUAGAAGUCUGGACCUUGCUAGCUCGCACAGUUCUGAUGAUGAUGAUGUAACUUCAAAUCCUACUGGGACUGAUAGUAAUAAUAUUAAUAGUAAAAAUAAUAAACGAAAAAUAGGAUUAAAAACUGUUGGAGUGUCUACUCAACAGCAGCAACAAAUUACGCACAAUUAUUUGCCAAAUAUUCAUCAGCAAAAUUCAUUGGUUGGUGGCAAUGGCAGUGCUACUGAUCAUUUAAAUAUUCUUUGCUCAAAUUCUGAUUUGUUUCCAAAUAUAAAACCAAUUUACGCUCCAAGGUGGAGCUCGCAAUUACCUGAGGCGUAUUUGCCGACUAAUAUUGACAUUCGCAGCAGCCAAUGGUCCGGUGGAACUAUUUCAGACAAUGAAAUUGCUUCUAAUAAAACUUCAAGUCCAAAUCCUUUGCCUUAUCCUCCGGAUGAUAUCAGUUCUCCGUUAAAAUUUGGAGCCCCGGGUGAACAUGAUAAUAAUUAUUCUGAGGGUGAGGAUAAAAUUUCUUCUAAUCAAAAUUACAAUAUAGGUGGGAGUUAUAGUGGAGGGGGAGGAGGAGGAGGAGGAGAAAAGUAUCUAUUUCCUUAUACAGCUGAAGAAGAUCAUACAGUUUCACCGACUCCCUACUUAUUAUCAAUGUCAUCGAGGAUUCUUGGUUCCAGUUUGAGCCAUCAUUCGCAUAAUUCAAAUCAAGAUAAUCACAGUGGAUCGGAGAGAUACGGAAGUUUGAAACGCGGCCAAAGUCAAAGUCUUCAUGGCUCGCUGCACGAUAAUCUAAACGCGGUUGAUAGAUACGGAAGGAUAUUAACGCCGAGACACCCGUAUGAAGGACUCCGUCUACAAGAAAAUAACCCGUGGCCAUGA